UGUUUCAAUCUAUCUACAACUUUCUGAAGUGUGUUCGAGCGCUUGUGCGUAAUGGAGAUAAAGAGGCAGACUUAUAUGAGCUGUUGUUGUACUCGGUGAAAUGUUAAUAUAUUCAUUGUCAACUUGAAAAUAUCAUUAAAGCCGCGCGUAAAAUGUUAAAACUGCGCGUAAAAAGCGUUGACGCUGUGCGUAAAAUGUGUUAAAGCUGUCUUAAGUAGUCUCCAUGUGAAACUGUGCCAAAGCACAGAUUUAGUUACCCCAAUUUGAUUAGGCCACAUAAGAAAAAAAAAAGAAAAAAGAAAAGAGGUUAGUGUACAGAGUGCUGUGGAAAAAUCAGCCGUGGCUCCCUUAAAAUCUAGUAGUAGACUUUCUGGUUUGUCUGGACCUCGCAGAGUAAUUGCCAUGCGCUUCCGGAUUGAAGCUGGUAGCAGAAAACAUCUUUAAAAUGAGUCACUGGUGUAAGACAAAGAACCAUUUGAGUUCCAGCAGUACCCCCCCCCGCCCCCGGGGUUUUCUUUCUAAAUAAGAAAAUAAGCAGCCCAGAGAAUAUGGAUGAAGAGUCAUGUGCAGCUUUCGGUUAGUUUCUGGUUAGGAUUCCCUGGAACACACAAGAAUGUGCAUCUGAUAGAUUUACAUUUGGAGAAGGGGAAUCUUUAUUUAUGGGUCAUAUACUGUAUGUCUUAUGAGCUUAUGUGUAGAGAGGCAGACAGUUCAUAGACUAUCAAACUCUAAGUUUUAGUACUAAAGACCAUAUGCAAGAUUUCUUUUAUUCUGAAAUGUCUUAAAUCAACAUUUCCUGCUGCUUUGUUUCUCUCCAGUCCAGACUCGUUAAGAGUGAAACGUCAGAGGGAAGUCCUACCUCCCAGAGAGGGAAGGCCGUUCUCCUGGAAAGACACCCCUGAAGCUGAAUAACAGGAAGUCCUCAUUUAGACAGACAGAAGGCCCUGCAGUUCUUCCAUCACUUAACACACACACCCAUGCAGGAAAAAGGAAACAAGGAUAUGAUCACCUGUGUCUCUGGUGUCAUCCUGUCAUGGAGAGCUCCAUCACACUCUGGCAGUUCCUGCUGCAGCUUCUGCUUGACCAAGGCCACAAACAUCUCAUCUGCUGGACAUCCAAUGACGAACAUCAUCAAAAAGGUAAUCGGCCAAAAGUUUGUCUACAAAUUUGUGUCGUUCCCUGAGAUUCUGAAAAUGGACCCUGCAGUGGUGGAGUCAGGCCGUAGCAGUGAGGAAAGUGCAGGGGCGACAUCAGAGCCUGAUGCUGAAGACGAGGAUGGCAGUGGGAGAAACGAAUACCUCCACUCCGGCCUGUACUCCUCCUUCACUGUCAGCUCUGUGCAGCACUCCUUAGAACCACACCGGCCGAUCAAGAUGGAGCCCAGAUCCGAUCACCAUGAUGACAGCUCCUCUAUCAUCCGAUUCAUAACUAACCGUGGCCACUCCUCCCUCCCCUCCACCCCACCCCAAUUCUUAACUGACACUUCACAUUCCUGCAGGCUGUCUCCUCAGAAGGCCUGCUCUUCCUCCUGUUCAUCUUCCCCGCAGCAAAGCCCCACCCACACACAAUGGUGGGGGCGGAGCAAGAGCACAGAUACUGAUGAAUCAGAGCAGAUUGCUCAACCCCUAAACCUUUCAUCAGGUCAAAGGGGGAGGGAGAGGUCAGAGACCACUACCAUGCCAGAGAGGAGGGGACUGGCCAAUAAUGCGCCUUCGAGGAGCAGGAAACCCAAAGGCUUGGAAAUCUCUGCCCCCUCCCUCUUCCUGACAGGAAGUGACUUUGUCUCCAUUGCGCUCAACAGCCCGGCACUGCCUUCAGGUUCCCUGACCCCUGCCUUCCUCACAACACAGACUCCAUCUGGUCUGCUGUUCACUCCCAGCCCUCUACUCUCCAAUAUCCAUUUCUGGUCCAGCCUGAGUCCGGUGGGACCCCUCAGCCCCGCCCGACUUCAGAGCCACGCCCCCUUCUUCCAGUUCCCCACACUGCUGAACAGACCCAUGCCAGUACCUUUGCCCACUGUGGAUCCUCCAACUCCCUUGCUGUUGUCCCCCAGCUCCCACAAGUCCUGAUGUCAGCCUGAGCCCCAUUAAGAGAGACCUGGGCCAAACCAGACUGAGCUCAUCCGAUUUAGCACAGAUCAGGACUAAGCCAAUCAGCCUUAAUUUCUGAUUAUAAACCACAUUGGAAACAGGCUUCCCCUGAGUCUGAUUAUACUUAGACCUGAAACCUGUUUCUUUACAUGUAUUAUAUGAAGAAACAGGAGCUUCACUCUGAAGCUUUGCUCUCUGAGAAGAGUAUUUGCAUCUGACAUUUCUUUGUGUGUUUACUACAGUUUAACUGCUCAUGUUCUUCACACUUGUGUUUAGUGUUUUCCUCUUUUAAGGAUGUAAAAGCCUAUGAAUUUCUUUUCAUGCAAAAAAAAUUAAAAAAGAUUGGAGGUCA